CCGGUUUGUGUUUAGGAACGGACGUGCCAGGACUUCCUGUUUUGAGACUUUUCUGCUACGAAGAGAGAAAAACAGAGUAGACACACAAGAGCGAAUAUGUGCUAAUAUCUCUGUUAAUUUCCGUCAGAAUCAAACUUUUGUCUUCAGUGUGUCCGUGGUUUCGGUGUGAGCCUAAAGCAGUCAAGAGGUCAGUUAUGCCACUGUCGGAUCGCUCGAGCUCCGACGGCAGCGGGGAUCCUCGGAGUCCUCGGGCCCGGAGACCCCGGACUCGUUCUCGCAGCCGCAGCCGCAACCGCAACGACAGUCGUGAAAGGAGCCUGUCUCCGGAUAGCUUCGGGCCCAAACUCCCGAAGCCGCGGAACAGGGAGAGGGAACGCGAGGAACGGGAGCGCCGAUUCCGAGAGGCGAGAAACCUCAGACGGAUCCGCAUAGCAAGCCCCCGCCGUAGUCGGUCCAGGUCCAGGUCCAGGUCCAGAGAGCGUCACAACAACAGCCACAGUCACAACCACAACCACUGGUCCGAGCAGCGAGACGCUCCUGGAAAACACGGAAGCUUCAAAGAUGACUAUUACUACGAGCAGCAGAGGGACGAUGCUCAGAGACAGAGACAAGAGGCUUUUAUUGCGAGGCGCCUGCAGGAGAGGGAGAGGAUCGGUGAGUUAGGUUGUCCUGAGGUUUGGGGAUAUUCACCUAGAGUGAAAGAGCCAGACUCUGAUGAAUUCACACCAGUGGAAGAAGAUGAGAAAAACAGCAGUUCAGACUCGAGCUCAGAAGAAGAGAAGAAGAAGAAAAAGAAGAAGAAGAAAUCCAAGAAGAGAAAGAACAAAAAGCACUCAGAGGACAGCGAGCUGGAAUCAGAUUCAGACGAAGAAGAAAUAAAGAAGAAGAAAAAGAAAAAGAAGAGCAAGAAGUCUAAGAAGUCCAAGAAGAAGAAGGCGAAGAAGAGCCGCAAGGAGUCGAGCAACUCCAGCAGUGAAGAGUCCGAGGAGGAGGAGGAGGAGGAGGAGGAUCCUAACGGGGUGAUGUGGGUGGAGAAGACCUGCAUGGACGAGCAUGUGGUCGGGCCCGAAGCUCCGCUCACCCACAUGUCCCAGGACGACAGACCUCUGGAUUUUGGUCAUGCGCUGUUGCCGGGUGAAGGUGCUGCGAUGGCGGAGUACGUGAAAGCAGGCAAACGUAUCCCGAGAAGAGGUGAAAUCGGUCUGACCAGCGACGAGAUCGCAAACUUUGAGAAGUCUGGCUACGUGAUGAGUGGCAGCAGACAUCGUCGUAUGGAGGCUGUGCGUCUGAGAAAGGAAAACCAGAUCUACAGUGCAGAUGAAAAGAGAGCUCUGGCAUCCUUCAACCAGGAGGAGAGGAGGAAGAGGGAGAGCAAGAUCCUGUCAAGCUUCAGGGAGAUGGUGUACAGGAAAACCAAAGGCAAGGAGGAGAAGUGAACGUCGCAUUUCUAGUUUUCUCUCAGAUCUGCCCUCUAGUGGACACCUUUACUUUUUGUGUCAUGACAUGUUUAUUUUUAAGAGGUUAACGACAUUCAGUUUGAAAGGAAUGUGUGGUGUAGAGGGAGCAUUUGAACUGUAAAGAAAUGUGUGUAAAUGAGAAACUCAAAAGUACUCAGUUGUGUGUAAUUCUCCAUCCUGUUCACUCAUUGGAACUAGUCUUUCCUCUCAGUCGGUCAAAGUUAAUUUUCUCCUCUACAUUUUUACAAAUAAUCAGGACAGUGAAUAAAUUUUCUAUGUGGA